AUGGCGCAAGAGAGCGACUUGUCCAAGACGGCCGACAAGGGCAAGGGGAAGGCCGUGGAUGAUGAGACACAGAAGGACAAGGCCGGGGAGCCGGUGCCAAACGGCAAGAAAGACGAGGACGACAAGGCAGAGUCUUCGGAAGAGCUCAGCGAAGAGGACCAGACCUUGAAGAAUGAGCUCGACAUGCUUGUUGAGCGGUUGACUGAAUCCAACGCAUCGCUCUACAAGCCGGCCCUCGAGACCAUGAAGAACUUUAUCAAAACAUCAACCUCCUCCAUGACAGCCGUCCCCAAGCCUCUCAAGUUUCUACGGCCACACUAUGAGACAAUGACAAAGCUCUACGAAGAAUGGCCGGUGGGCGACGACAAGAACUCCUUGGCUGAUGUCUUGUCCGUGAUCGGCAUGACCUACUCGGAUGAAGAGCGCCAGGACACCCUCAAGUACCGCCUCCUCGCACCUACCCAAGACAUCGGCUCGUGGGGCCAUGAGUACGUUCGCCAUCUCGCGCUCGAAAUCGGCGAGGUCUAUGGGAAGCGCAUCACCGCCGACGAGUCAACCUCAGACUUGGUCGACCUCGCACUGACUCUCGUGCCGCUCUUCCUCAAGAGCAAUCAAGAGGCUGAUGCCGUCGACCUGAUGAGCGAGCUGGAGAUCAUUGACGAGCUGCCCAAGUUCGUCGACGAGAACACCUAUGGGAGGGUCUGCCUGUAUAUGGUCUCGAUGGUCAACUUACUCACCUACCCGGAGAACGAGCAGUUCCUCCGGGUCGCGCACGACAUCUACAAGAACUACAAGCAGUACACCCAAGCUAUGGUGCUUGCUAUUCGGAUUAACGACUACGCUCUCAUCAACGACGACUUCUACGAUGCCCCGGAUCCGGCGCUGAAAAAACAGCUUGCCUUCCUCAUCGCCCGCCAGAGGAUAUGUCUGGACAUCGACAGGGAUACACCCGAUGACGAGGAAAUUGUCGAAUGUAUCGGCAACGUGAAACUGCCCGAACAUUUUAAGUCGCUGGGCAAGGAGCUCAAUAUCUUGGAACCAAAGACGACCGAGGAUAUCUACAAGAGCCACCUGGAAAGCAGCCGCGUGGCUGGCCUAACAAAUUUCGAUUCUGCCCGUAACAACCUGGCCGCCGCUUUCGUCAACGCUUUCGUGAAUGCGGGCUUCGGAAACGACAAGAUGAUGCUGGUUGAGAAGAAUAAGGAGAGCUGGGUAUGGAAGACUAAGGAGGAGGGCAUGAUGUCCACGGUCGCCUCCCUGGGGACCUUGUUGAUGUGGGAUAUCGAGAGCGGCCUAGACCAGACCGAUAAGUACACCUACCUCGAGGAGGAGCAGAUCCAGGCUGGCGCCUACCUCGCCAUAGGCAUCAUGAACUCGGGCGUUCGGCUAGAUUCAGAACCUGCCAUGGCCCUGCUUGCCGACCACGACAAGCUCAACCACAAGAACCCCCUGAUACGAGUAGCCGCAAUCAUGGGUCUUGGUCUGUCGUAUGCCGGCUCAAACAAGGAUGAGCUUCUCGCUUACCUCCUGCCCAUCAUUUCUGACACGAGUCAGGAGAUGCGGGUGUCGGCAAUGGCCGCACUGGCCUGCGGGUUGGUUUUUGUUGGGUCUUCUUACGCCGAGGCCGGUGAAGCCAUCAUUAUGACUUUGAUGGAUGACGAGCGUAAGAGCCAGCUCACGGAUAAGUGGACGCGCUUCCUCGCCCUCGGUCUGGGUCUACUUUACUUUGGUCGCCAAGAGGAGGUCGAUGUCGUUCUCGAGACGCUUAAGGUUGUCGAGCACCCUAUGGCGAAGCCGACAUCCGUUCUCGCGUCAAUCUGUGCCUGGGCUGGCACAGGUGCUGUUCUGAAGAUCCAGGAGCUCUUGCACCUGUGCAAUGAGCACAUGGAGGAGUCGGACGAAAAGAAGGGCGACGAGCUACUGCAGGCUUAUGCUGUGCUCGGUAUCGGGUUGAUCUCCAUGGGCGAGGACGUCGGCCAAGACAUGGUGCUCCGCCAUUUCGGUCAUCUCAUGCACUAUGGGGAGGCAAACAUCCGAAGGGCAGUACCCUUGGCCAUGGGUCUCGUCAGCCCCAGCAACCCGCAAAUGAAGAUUUACGACACACUCUCGCGGUACAGCCACGACAAUGAUAAUGACGUCGCCAUCAAUGCCAUUUUCGCCAUGGGUCUCCUGGGCGCCGGUACUAACAACGCGAGGUUGGCGCAACUUCUCCGUCAGCUUGCGAGCUACUACCAUAGGGACCAAGAAUCCCUGUUUAUGGUGCGCAUCGCCCAGGGUCUGCUGCACAUGGGCAAGGGCACGCUUUCCAUCAACCCUUUCCACACCGACCGCCAGAUCCUAUCGCGCGUCUCCGCGGCCGGUCUCCUUACUGUCCUCGUGGCCAUGAUCGACUCGAAGCAGUUCAUCACGUCGAACUCGCACUACCUACUUUACUUCCUCGUCACGGCCAUGCAUCCGCGCUUCUUGGUUACUCUCGAUGAGAACCUCAAGCCGCUGACGGUCAACGUGCGGGUUGGUCAGGCGGUCGACGUCGUCGGCCAAGCCGGUCGCCCGAAGACCAUCACCGGCUGGCAGACGCAAAGCACACCGGUGCUUCUGGCGUAUGGUGAGCGCGCCGAGCUCGAGGACGAGGAGUACAUCAGCUUGAACAGCACUCUGGAGGGUCUGGUGAUCCUGCGCAAGAACCCGGAGUGGGAGGGUGGUAAAUAA